AUCUUCAAAAGAUAUAUAUAAUCCUCGCUUUCUGGGCGGUUUUUGAGUCUCGUCCCAAGCAAGUUAUUUGUUCACAUGAGCGUGCCAGUUUUUCUCUGGUGCCAGUUUUCACAUCGCUAUGGCAUUUGCACUGACUGCAUAAUUCGCAAGCAAUAAAGCACUGGCCACAGUUGAAUAGACUUGUAAGCAGACUGCUUGCACAAAGUGCCUUUCCCAACGACGGUUGCAAACCCCUAAAAAAAAAACACACACAACUUAUUUGUUUAGCGCCCCUUGAAAGAAAUUUCGCCAAAGUGGGUUUCAGAAGCCGGAGUUUUUCACGCCGAUAAUUUACUCCGAUUCCGGCUGAAGACAGCACUCAUGGCAUCGCCCGUCCUGUGGCUUCUUUGCAGCUUGGGCAUGUGUUUGCUGGCCCGGGCUCAAGAGCGCGACGGCUGGAGCCUCCGCCGCGGCCACGAAUUCCCGGACAAAGCGGCCGCCGUCAGCGCCGCCGCCGCCGCCUCCGCGCCCUUCGACGCGGAGGCGGACGAGGCCGCCGUGACCUCGCAGCUCGCCAAGUGGCAGGACAGCCACGCGCCCGACAAGCCGCGCGGGGUGCCGCCGCAGGACAUCCUGCGGCUGCUUCAGAGGGGGCCUCCCCCCCUGCUCGCGGCCCCCUCCUUCGACAAGCAGCAACAGCAGCAGCACGGCUCGGCCAAGGGCGGCGGUCACCUGCUGCGGCUGCUGUCCGAGCGGCGGGAGGGCAGCUUCCCCCCGCACUUCCUGACGACCAACGCCGUGGGGGUGAAGGCCGCGGGAGACGUCGGCGGGGAGUGGGGCGACGACUUCGAGGUGGGCGGCACGACGCCCGCCGGAUUCUCCUGGGGACGGGGACACUUGGACGACGGCGCGCACGACUUCGGGGACGACGCGGAGGCGGAUGAGGACGUGGAAGAGGAGGAGGAAGAAGAGGAGGAGGAGGAGGAGGAGAGGCACGAGGAGGAGGAGGAGGAGAGGCACGAGGAGGGGGAGGAAUAUCAAGAGGAGGCAGAUGAAGUGGAUGAGGAGCGUGAAGAGGAAGCGGAGGAGGAAGAGCGGAGGGAGGCGGAUGACGGGGAGACCGAGGAACGUGAUGAUGAGCAGGAGCUGCAGAGAGAGGAGACGAUCAAGGGCGGCGUGGACGAGGAUUCGCCGUACGAGGGCGAAUCUCAGGAAGCGUCCACGACCUCGCGCGAGCCGGACCGGGACAUGGAGGCCGUGGAGGCCGCGCCGACGCUCCCGGCGCUGCCGCUGCCCGACGCCACCUCUCCGGGCCACGAGGAGCCCCUGCGGCCGGGCUGGAGCGACGCGGAGAGAGCGGCCGCCGCCACCGACCGCCCGUCCGUGUGGCCGGAGGAAGCGGUGGGCACGGGACACGGCGAGACGACCCCCGAGACGUUCGCGACCGACGGCGACGAUGACGACGGGGACAACAACGACGGCAAUUUCGAGGAUGGCAAUGGCAAUGCGAAUGUAGAAGACGAGAAUGAGGGUGACAACGACCACGAGGGAGAUGACGAGGACGUCCACGAGUCCUAUCCAAGGUCGCCGACGCCGGCCGAUCCCUGGCCAGGCGCGGAGGCUUCGGAGGAGCCCGUGGCUUCGGCGCUGCCCACGGACGCCGGCGAGGCGCCGCCGGAGGUUCGCACCGUGUCCGAGGUCGAGGGUCAGCAGCGCCACGGCGAUGGCCCCACGCCGCAGCCGCAGCCGCCGUGCCCGGGAGGCGGCUGUCCCUCGGACGAGCACGGCACCAUCAUCGCCAUCAUCGUGACCGUCCUGUGCGCGGCGCUGGUGGUGGCCGUGAUCGCCGUGUGGUGCUACAAGAAGCGGCAGCAGCAGCAGUCGUCCACGUUCCAGCUCAACGGAAAGGGCCACUCGAGGCAGCGGGAAAACAUUGAGAUGCACCAGACUGUGUAGGGGCGACGUCGCGAUGGCGGUGAUGCACGGACGGUGUUGGGAGUGUUCACGUGCUACGGCCUAAAGCAUUGCGGUGGUCACGUUAGCAACGGGCGGGUUACCAGAAGUAAUUGUUCGAUUACGCCCAGGGCUUCGUUUCAGCCGAAGCUAUCCGGGGCUGAGCACCAGAAAAUAUCCCCGCCCACCCCUGGAAUAUAUUCCCCGCGAAAUUACGCCCUGGUUCGACCUAUUUCCUGUUUGUAAUCAGAUUGCCCUUGCUUAGCAUGUGCAAGUUCGUUGCUGUUAUUGGUUGCUUUCAUUGAAAGAAAUAGCCUACAAUAAUGAUUCAAGGUUUUAAACGAUUGUGGUCGCAGCUUGAGUUCAUGUCAGCACAGCAGUCAAUGCUCACCGAUCGUUCGGCAAAGCCUCCAAUAACAACCUAGAUCGGAUCAACAUAAUGUACGUUAACUCAAAGAGAGUAAUUAUAACAGUGGUCAAAUAAUACAAUCUCAUCGUUUUGAAAACACCAAAUAUAUUUCACAUUGUACAACUUCCAGGAGUCAGUAAUCGUGCUGGUUACUUAUUUGACAAAUAUUCAAACGUUUGCGGUCGGGAAACAGAAUGAGAAAUGCCACUCCAACAGAACACCAAUUCUCAAGGGACAUCUGCACUGUCACCAACUCCUUUAUCAGCCCAAUGCUUCUCAGUCAAAUGCGUUUAAUUUGUCUAGGCAUAGACUCCUCCUCUCUAUCAGUAGCCAUGUCACCCAUUACAAACACCCAGAACUAUACGCUUCAGACAAAAAACUUAAAAAAUGCAAUUGUCUAUGGCUGCACCCAUCACGUACCGAUCUUUUGACCCGGAGGUUGCCCAGUUCGAUGUCCCGGCACGUCAGUUGAAGCAACGGUGCAAGUUUCUCAAAUCGUUCCGCCUCCGUCCGCCCAGCGGUACGAAUUGGCUCUGGCCACCCUAAGUCGAUCGGCAGAGUCGCGUGUGGUGGAGUAAAGGGUGGCUGGUGUCUUCCGUCGCUUUCCAGACGUCUCGCCAGCGUGGACAGGGGUAGGCCAAAAAAAAUACCAUCCGUAGGGCUCACUCUCUAUCUCGAGCUCACCUCGAGUGGAGGUCCUGCUGCCAAUAUAUUUUCAGGGCUGCACCUUUACCUUUGACUAAAAUCGAUAUCACCACCGUGAAAUAUGUCACGCCUGACCAAAGUACGAGAACCUUCACUGGGACCCACCGGCUGUGGUUUGGUCUGCUCGCACGAGGCCCCUUUUGGAUGGAUCCGAUGGAAAGGGAGCCCACGAAAGUUGUUGCCCCGCACGAAUUCUGCACAGUGAUGCGAAUAACUUUCGAAGCAAACCGACUGUCACGUUAACCUCACAGUUGCGAUUCGCCUGCGGUCUGGAAUGCAGGGCAGAGUUGUUGGUGAAACAGCCGCUGGACUUUGAAAGGUCGGGAUAUUUUGCUUCUGAAACUCGAGCCAGAAAUCGAGAGUGGCGAAAUGAUUGUUGACGGUUUGAUUUUACCUUAAACUCCACGAGGUAUCUCAAUAACCGUCGGUUAAUAGUGCCAAGUAUCUUUAAUCACUUUUAAAUGCCUCCUUCCCAGCACUGUUUGUGGAUAAAUUAAUAGAAGUUUUGGUAUUGCAGCGUCCUGCAGUGAACGCUAUUUAAUUUGCAAGCCACGUUAACAAGCAUCUAGACAAAAUGUGCAUAGCGCUAGAUAUCUUAUCAGAACGUCACACCCAGACAUCUAAGCCACCUUCAUAAUGUGUUGAUAUUUGAUAUCAGUAUACUGUAUUGGCAAGUAAAUCUAUAUUUUUUAUACUGGUGAAAUGUUAUCCAUAAACCCAAGUCUAUAAAUGCAUAUUACUGACAAAUUAAAACCAGUUAACCACUUUAUUGUGAUGGUUGCUGAUGAAUAUGGCACAAUAUAGGUUUUUGGGGUUAGAUCGCGGAAAUAUGAAUGUGUCGUUAAACCCGCCACCACCCGACACAGCCAAUUCGUAAGGUUUACCACGCAAACAUAACAUGGCAACUAGUUACUAAUACAGCACGCCGGUGUGUUGGAAAGUAAACCCGCAACAUUUACAAUAUGUGGCUUUAUUCUCCGACACACCGGUGUGCUGUACUAGUAACUAAUGAGUGAGCGAGAGACACCGGGACGCGGUCGCGAGAAGCGACGAUGGCCGGCGGUCGAGUCUAGCGACGGAACGGCAGCCAGGGGGGAGGAGGGGAGGGAUGCCCCCAGACGACGUCCACGGCAGGGAUGGCGCAGUGGAAUCGGCUCCAGUGCGGGAGUUAGACGGAGCUGACAUCGCAAGAUUCGUGAGAGCUGGUGGCGACGGCGGCGGCGGCUUAGGGGCAGGCCUUGAUCCACCAGUGGAUAGAUCUUGACUGAGUAGUAGUUCCAUGAUUCGUUACUUUGGCCACAUCAUAAUAAUUUUUAUGACACCAAUUAACAUGGUUCAUUUGAUUCUAUUUUAUUUUUUAUUUUACCAGGUGACGCGCACUGCGCUAUACAGCUUUGUUUCAGCAGCGGACCUGGCCACAAAUAAAAGCUCAACUUAGUGGCUUGUCAUGUAGAAAUGAAUUGCAGCCAAAUACUCAAAAUGUUUGUUUCUAAAUGUUGAGAGGAAAAACCGGAGGACCCGGAGAAAAAUCCACGCGACCACGGGGAGACCACGCAAACUCCAAAUGUACAGCAGGUGCCAGAGUCGGGAUCGAACGCACGACCUUCUGCAUAGCAAGCGAGGGAGUUUAAUUCUCGUCACAGUGGCGCUGUGAAUCUACGAGGAUUGUAGCUUCACACGUUACAGUGUCAUGCCACGUGCUUUCUCAUCCCGCACAGCCACUUGCUUCGUUCUUCUAAAGUCAAAAAAUUAUAUUACUGUGCAGGGGGCAAAGAGAGUUACAUCCUGCGGUUCUGAAGUUUUUAAACGCUUGAUGGAAAUCCAUAGACUGUGGCACUGAUUAUCCCCUGGCAAAGAAAGCGAAAAUACAGUAGAAUUAAUCUUAUCUGUGGUAAUGUGGGAGAUGAUCAUCGCGGAUCUUAUUAUCUGUGGAGUUAUCUGGAAAAUGUACUCCACCUUUCCAUGGGAAAAAAUGGCUAAAAAUGCUGCACAAUGCAGAAUGCAAAAAAAUCUGCAAAUUAUUGUGGAUAAUAGGAAGCGAUAGGGUAUCAGAUAAUAUGAGUUCUACUGUAAUAGCAUUUGUUUCUUGUAAAUCACCCACAGAGGCCUCGGCAAUAGACAGGUCACGAAGCCACACGUGCGGUGCUUUGUAAUUGCGUGAUUUCGUCGGAGUUGUUCAGUGUUGUUAACACGAGGAGAUAUCGCCGAGUGUAACUUAAUUAUAUAUCCGUAGACGUUACUUUUUUGACUACUACAAGACGUGGUGUAUAAAAUGGUAGAGGGCUUAGUUAAAAUCUAUACAGAAAUGACGCUGCUUCUGUAUAUUUUAUGAGAAAAAGAAAUGUCUGUACCCUCGUGCAGAAAAUAGUGACGUGGCAUUGGUGUUGUUUUACCUUGACAUAAUGUAAAGUGUACUGCGGUGAUUAGCGAGAAUGUCUGCUGGCAGGAGUUGAGGGUUUUUGUAAAACAGGAAUCGCAUGCGAAGUGGAUUUAAGUCACAGAAUGUUUCCAUGAGAAAAAAUAUAUAUAAGCAAUCGUUAUGAUAUAGCAAUGGACAGAGAGAGUGGGUUGCGUAUGAUUGCAUUGAAGCGUUUGGCAAAUGUGAGGUCCAGUAAUAAAAUUAGCGGAAUUUAUUAAA